AUGCCCGUUGAUGCUCAGUUCCAAGCCUUUCUGCGCCAGCGCAGCGUGGCGCAGGAGAUUAUUGACUAUCUGGGCUCCGCUAGCGUUGGUUGCUACAGCAUUCGUGCUUUUGCAAACUGGGUGGAUUCCAGGCAGGACAUCGAAGCCACCAUAUUGGCCAAGAUCCCGGCCAAAAAGGACGACCGCAGUCAGCUUGCCAUGCUCAAACAAGCAUGGCGGGAAGCUGAUGCUUUGGUGGCUCGACAAAUAUCCCGGCAAUCCCAAGGCUUGGCUCCGGAGGACUUGGAUGACCCCUUGGAUCCAGAUGUUCAGAAAUCCUAUGUGGCCACAUUCAUCUCAUACCACAAAUGGGGCGAGAUUGACUCCAAGCGCAUCGGCAGCGACUCCAUGUUUGGGCGCUUCCGCCGAGAGUUUGAAGCGAAACAACCUUCCAUGUUCCCAGUGGCUCGCGUUCGUUCCCUUGCAACUGCACAGAAGGCGCCUCCUUUUAAGAAACAGCGUCUUACAGAUGGAGUCGCCCUCGACAUCUCGACGACAGGCCACGACGAUGGAGAAUCAUCCGUGGCCCAGGUUUUGCACGGGUUCCUUUCAUUGCUUGAGGUCUUGUGCUUUACGUGGGCAGUGGCUGGUUGCUUCGAUGUCGAGUACAAAGGAAGCAUGGUCAAGUAUGCUGCGUGGCCCCUUCUGUCGCAAUACUGCUUCCAACUUGCUCAGCGUGCAUGGAAGCUCUGCGGGCAAUACACCAUGGACUCGGUUCUUGAGUACAUCCGUGCUGUCGAGGAGGACUUUCGGGCCAAGGCCAUCGAGCUGGCCCGUGGCAGCGAACAGCAACCAUGGGGGCAUGCCCUUGCGCAUGUUAUUAAGGAGCACAGUUCAAUUUGGAAGGACCACGAUCAUGUUUUGCACCGAGCCGGCAGGAGCGGAGCCACACUCGUUCCCGCACCAUCGCCACCGCCACCAACUGUUGAGCCCGUCGCCUCCCGCUCCAAGUGGCAGACUGCAAACCACACAGCCUCUGGUCACAAGAUCUGCAAAAAGAACAACGAUCGCAGGGGAUGCGAGGUCAAGUGCCCAAAGGGCGAGGUACACUGCUGCGACAUUGUCCUUGCUUCAUCGGGCAAAGUGUGCGAGGGGCGUGCAGAUCAUGAUAAAGCCAGUUGGGUAUUGGUGGAGUUCUGCCACGGCUUGGCGCCCUUCCUCAUCGCAUCAGAGGAGCUUCACUGGAAACCUCCAUCCGCCUAUGUACUGGAUGUCGGUGAAGACGCGAAAUCCAUCAUCGCGGCGCAUCACCCUUCCGCAAAAGAUUGGGGGCCCAGUAGCUCGAUCACUAAAACUAUGGUGGACGAUUUGGCCCAAAAGCAUGCAGGGGACGCCUUUGUCUUGGUUUGCAGUGCUGUCUGGAGUGGUCCCACAAGGCGGCUGGAACAAAUGCAGACGUUUUGCAGGGUGCUGCAGUGGUUUUCGGCUGCGACGCAUAGACCUGUCAUCGCCAUUACAGCGUGUGAGGCUGCCGAUGAUGAGGGUGUCGCGCUGUACAGGGAGCAGUUUCAAUCCUCAGCGCAGGUAUUCCCUCCCGACGCAUGCGUCGGCCACUUGGCAAAACUGUGCUGGUGGACAUUGCCUCCUACAGCCAACCGCAUACCACUGCUUGCGUCAACUCCGUCCGAGCAGACGGCCCUCCUGCCUGGUUGGGAAGCGGAAAACUUCCUGCACAAGCAUUGCUUGUUGUUUGAUCAUCCACUGCGAUUCGUGCGCAGCCCGGCCACUUUGUUUCGCAGGUUGUUGGUCCCGUUGGAAAUGGAGAAGCUUCUCGGGCUACCAGGCCAUUAUACAGCGCCUUUGCUUAUCAGCUACCAGGAUCGUCCACUUGAGCAUUGUGCAGUUGCUCGUAGUGCCCUCUUGUAUCCCAUGCUGCCGAUACCAUUGGCAAAAGCGCUUCUGUCUCGUGUGGAACCGUUCACGUUUGCGCAAGCCUGGUGUCCGAUCACAAGCAGCCUGCCAGUCCAAGUUGACGGACUUAUCAACAAGCAUUUCCAGGAACAUGGUGCAGUGUACUGGGCGCUGCGCCGCCAGUGCCCUUACAUCCAAGAUGUCUCCAGUCGAGGCUUACGCACUGACAUCCCCAUGGGCCCGGACAUCAUCGAACAAAAUGCUCACAGUUCGGCAUCCUUGGCUUUGUUGUUGCAAUCGCGCGCCCAGACGGCAGCAUCCGGACAGCGUGCUCUCUUGCCGCUGGGAUUGGACCCUGUGCUACACUUUGAAUGUGGGCAGGUUAUGGAGUCUCCACUCAGCAUGGAGCCACCCGUCCCAGAUGAUCUCGAUUUUGCUUUGCGCAUGUGUUUGCAACUUGGGCGGGGUGCCCGAGCUUGGCGGCGUCGCCAGCUUAACAUUCUCAAAGCAGCGGUCGAGAGUGCACACGGCCUGGCAGACAUGCUGGACCUCGGUCGAUCCAGCACAUCCGUUAGAGUGGCCUCGCACGUACAUUUGGACAGGUUGGAUUUGGCCAGAUUUUCAUUGUGUUGGCCGGAUGUUGAGCUGCUGGAGUUGGCGCAGCGCGGAGCUCAUAUCGUGGGCAACAUCCCUGAAUCUCGCAUCUACCGACCAGCGUGCAUGGAGCCAACAGUGCCUUUGCAAGAGUUCGAACAGUCCCACGCUGCAUUUGUGCAAUCGGUGUUGGCUUCGAAACCGCCGCCGCCAGAUCAGGUGCAAGUCAUAUGGGAAAAGUCUGAGGCGGAGCGCCAGUCUGGUACUUUGCGUGGCUAUUGGACGGCGUCUGAGAUGGAUUCCAGACAUGGUGCAGGCCGUUGGCGCCCCAUGCCACGCUUCGCUGUGUGGCAACAAUCUCAUUCAAAAUGGCGCCUCAUUGAUGAUGCCAAAGCAUCCAGCACUAACCGCACUAUGCAGGCGACCGAGCGCAUUCACACAACAUCUGCAUCAGCAACGUUUGCCGCCGUCCGGAGGCUGCGCUCCUUGCACGGGCAACCGUUGGCAGGUGACUUUGAAGUGCGUCUUAGUACCCAUGAUUUGGAAAAGGCGUACCGACAAAUUCCUGUCAUCCCAGAACAUCUUCGCUUCUCCAUUGUUGCCAUCUACCACCCUGAACGUCGACAAUGGGUUUUCGCGGAGUGUGAUGGUUUGGCCUUUGGUCUUUCAGCAGCCGUCCUGGGCUUCAACAGGGUGCCAUCUUUCAUCGUUGCUCUCGCACGCCGUUGGCUGGCUAUACCACUCUUCAGCUUCUUUGACGACUUUAAAGUGGUGGAUGUGGCGUGUAGCAAUGGGUCUGCCACCAGGUCUUUCUUGCAACUUUUGGACUGGUUGGGAUAUAGGCGAGACCCAAGUAAGGACCAAAUGCCGUCAGCUGAUGCAAUUUUUCUCGGUGCACGCGAGGUCUACUCUCAUCUGGGUGCGUCGGACUCAAUUUGGCAUCUACCCAAACCUGGCAGAGAGGAACAAAUUCGGAAACAAAUUCUUCAGAUUCAAUGUCAAGGCCGUCUCUCUGCAUCUUCGGCCAUGUCCUUGCGUGGCAAGCUUCUUCAUUUAUCCGAAACAUAUCAAGGCCGCUCGGGCAGAGUCCCGACUCCGCACCUGGACGAGAGGGCAGCAUCGGACCACAUGGUUGCGAUGUCGUCCGGCAUUCGCAUGGAACUGGAAUUAUUCUUGGAAAUGCUGGAAACAUGUCCCUACCGACAAGUGCCCAUGGACCCAUCGGUCUUGCCGCAAGUAUCUCUGUUCACAGAUGCUUCUUUUCAUGUUGAUGCUCAGGGUGUGCCUCGAGCACGUAUUUGUUUCAUUGUGGCCUGUGCGCACAGGCAUAUACGGAGGGGUGCUGUCAUUGACGUGCCUCCGGAGGUUCUGGCCCGCUUCCAGCCUUCAGAAACACUCAUUGCACAGGCUGAGGCCUUGGCCCCGAUGCUGGCACUAUAUUUCGAACCUGACCUACUACAGCACUGCCUACUCACGGUUUUCAUUGACAAUAUGGGUGUUCUCUGCAACUUCGUUCUGGGCUCAUCUAGCUCCCUGGACCUUGGAUGCAUCGUUCACGCGACUGUUUUGAGACUCAUGCGGAGAGGCGUCCGAGCAUGGUGGGAACACGUUCCCAGCAAAUCCAACAUCGCAGACGGUGGUUCUCGCGUGGGUGUCUGCUGCCCCAUAGCAGCUAAGGCAGGCAUUACACUAGUUUCGAAAGUUUUCCCACGCACGUGGCCCCAGAACCACGUGGAGCUCAGUAUGAAGGAGUGGGAGCGCUUUUGGACAUCCCACUGA